UUAACAUCAUAAUCAGGCGAGGAGAGAAGAAGUUUUUCAGUGAAAAGAAAAAAAAAAUAAAAAUUAUUGUUUGAGAGAUAAAAAGACUUGUUUGAGUGGGAGAAAACGGAAAAUUAAAACAUUAAAAAAUUUUAAAUUAUUAAAAGUCGUAAAAAAAGGAAAAAAAUUCAGGCAAAGAUUUCAUUCAAGAAAUAUCUUUGGAGGAAUAAAGUGCGAGUCUGAGCUCGAAGAAAAGAAUUUAAAUGUUUAAAGUGUAAAGUUCGAAAAUAUAAAAUAAAAAAUAAAAACGACAAAAUGUUCCUUUUGCCAUUCAUUCUGAGCACAUUUUGUGUUCUCUGUCAUGCGGCGAUUCCGCCUGAGGCCAUUCUGCCGAUGCUUCUCGAGCAAUCUGGUCACGCCGGGAAUGCAUGGCGCUUCGAUUACUUGCAAAACGUGGAAAAGUUGCAACAAAUGGACGAAUUGCUGCGUCAAUAUCGCACGUAUUUGGUGAAUGCGAUCUACGAGAACAACAAUGACAUUUGCAACUUGUUUGAUUAUCUGACUGAUAACAACGCGAAUAAUCGGAAUUUCAACGAGGAGGCGUGGAAUCACGAUGUAAAUGAGAAUGAUAACAACAUUAAAGAUGCAUCCCGCAAACGUCGCUCCAGCAACGAACAACCCCAAGAAAUAUCCUCGCAUCACCAAACCGCCAUCGACAUGUACUUCGAAAUCGCCAGCAUCGUUCGAGAUCGUCUCUUCUACAUCGAAUUGCUCAAAAAACUCCAACAUGUCUGCGCCACAAACGACUCCGGGGCAUAUUUCAAGCGUGAUGGCGUCGCCAAAGUCAUCGGAAAGAAGCAAACUUUUCACUCGUGGGGCGGCAAGAGAGAAAGCGGUCGUGGCAAGGACCCGCUUAAGGAUCAGGUAAUUCCGAGAUCGUAUCCUCCGUUCCAUUCGUGGGGCGGCUAAACGCAUCACGCGACCGAUUUUCCUGUAAAUUUCAAUCUUCUUAUCAUCAAAAGCCACAAGCCAAUACCCUACCUAAGCAAAGAUGUGAAUAAAAAAUGUAAA